AUGGGUCUUCGAAACCGAGACGGCCAAGAUAUCAGGCACGUAUGGCAGGACGGUAUCCGAACAUAUUUGGGAACGACAUUUCAUGGAUUUCCCAACACAUUCAUGGUGUAUUCGCCUCAAGCCCCUACAGCUCUCUCGAAUGGCACAACCAUGAUCGAAGCACAGAGUGACUGGGUUGUCUCGACGAUUGCGAAGUUAGAGAAAGAGGGAGUGUGCUCAAUCGAGCCAACCAGGGAGGCGGAGGAGGAAUGGAGUACCCUGAUCGAGGACCUGAACAAGCCGACCUUGUAUCCCUUCACGAACAGUUGGUGGAAUAAACCGAACUUACCGGGCCGGAAAGCUCAGAUCUUGACUCAUCCUGGCGGGAUUGAAAGGUACGAAAGACAAUGCGGGGAGACGCUCGAAGGCUGGAAGGGUUUUGCUUUGGUCUAUAACAACGCAGCCUAG